CGGCGUUUAAAAGAGAAAGCCAGGUUCUUUCUUGGGGUCGAUCCUAUUUUUUUUUUUCCUUCUUCAAUGGGGUUGACUAAGCGUUGACAGAUACAGUAUCACACUCGCUUUUUGCACUUUUCUUCCUUAUUUUAUUUUACCCCCAUUUGAUGACGCCACUUGAUAUGCAGUUGGAAGCCACCCUGGCGAAGCGACGUAAAAUUGCAAAGAUUCGUCGUCUGGUGGUGAAUCCAGAAGGCACCAUUGACUUUUCCUCCAAUGACUUUCUCGGCCUGGCUUAUAGUCAGUUGUUGCGGGACGAGUUCCUGCAAGAAUUACACUCCAUGAAAUAUAUCCUUGGAUCGACCGGAUCGCGGUUGUUGGACGGUAAUUCCAAGUACGUCGAAGACCUGGAACACAAGAUCGCCCAGUUCCACAAAGCCGAAGCCGCCUUGAUUUUCAAUUCGGGCUUCGAUGCGAAUUCCGGCUUGUUCAGCACAUUACCUCAAAAGGGCGAUAUCAUCAUCUAUGACGAAUUGGUACACGCCAGUGUCCAUGAAGGAAUGAGAAUGUCGCGCGCCAGUCAUCGUCUUCCUUUCAAGCACUCCGACAUUGAUGAUCUGAAGCGAAUCUUGGAAAAGGUCGUUCCGAUGAGAGACAAGAAUGUAUUUAUUGCCGUGGAAACAGUUUACUCGAUGGAUGGCGAUGUGGCUCCGUUGCAAGAUAUCGUGGAUCUAUUGAAGUACUAUUGGCCCCAUCGCGACAACGGGUAUCUGGUGGUCGAUGAGGCCCAUGGUACCGGUGUGUAUGGAAAACAUGGUCGCGGGGUAGUCAAUCAACUGGGUUUGGAAAAGGAUGUGUUCGCUCGCCUUCACACAUUUAGCAAGGCGCUGGCCAGCAAUGGAGCGGUCAUCCUUGGCUCCAAAACCUUGCGUGAAUAUCUCAUCAAUUACGCCCGUCCUCUGAUUUACUCCACUUUUAUGCCGUAUAGCAGCCUGGCGCUUAUUAAAUGUGCCUACUCCAUCUUGGGUAGCGGGCAAACCGAACCUAUUCAAGACCAUUUGAAAAUUAUAAUACAGCGAUUCAGAGAUACCAUUCGAUUGCCUGUGGGCACACUGUUGGCCUCAUCCAGUCCUAUACAAGGGGUCGUCCUCAAUGGUAAUGAGGCAGUUCGUGCGUUGGCAGGUUAUCUCAACCGUAAAGGGUUCAUUGUGAAACCUAUAUGUUCGCCUACGGUGCCAAAGGGGCAGGAGCGCGUGCGGAUUUGCCUCCAUGGUCAUAACACACUGGAACAAGUGGAUUCAUUGGUAGCCUCUAUUAAUAUGUUCUUCGAUGAAUCGGAUAACCCCAUUGUCAUGUCAUCUGAGAACACAAUCGUCGCAUCCCGACUGUAAUUAAUUUCUACACCCUCUUCUAAUUCAUCUAAAAGACCUUACAGACUCAUGUACUAUUAUUGCCUGUGCAUAGUGGCCAUCGGUUUCAUCACAUGUCUUAAAUUUACUUGCCUGAAAAAAGCCAUAGACGCAAUAUCUUGAAAUUUACCCAUGCCAACGGCGGUUAAUAAAAUUUUGAGAGAGGCGUUCCAAUCUGUUUUCUG